GAAUUCAUCAAGAAGCACAAGACUGAUCCUCGCGAGAACGCUCGUGGUCUCGCCAAGUUGAAGCUUGAGGGUGAGGGUGCUCGCAAGACCUUGAGCUUGGGUACCAACGCCAGCUUGAGCAUUGAGAGUCUCGCAGAUGGCAUUGACUUCGGCUCUACCGUCAACCGUACUCGCUACGAGCUUCUCUCCGGCAAGACCUUCGCCCAGUUCACCGGCUUGAUUGAGCAGGUUAUCCAGAAGGCUGGGUUGGAUGUCUUGGACAUUGAUGAGGUUAUCUUCGCUGGUGGUGCUUCGCACACCCCCAAGAUCGCCCAGCUUGCCCGCAACAUUUUCUCCGAGAAGACUAAGAUCCUUGCCCCUUCGACCUUCACUGGCGCCAUCAACCCCGCUGAGCUGGCCCCCAGGGGUGCCGCCAUCCAGGCCUCUCUUAUCCAGGAGUUUGAGCAGGAGGACAUUGAGCAGUCUAUCCACCCCAUGGUCACUGCCACUCCUCACCUGAAGAACGCUAUCGGUGUCGAGUUCACCUCCGGUGAGACCGUCGAGUUCCAGCCUCUCCUGAACACUGAAACUGCCCUCCCCGCUCGCCGUGUCGCUCAGUACGAUGCUCCCAAGGCCGGUGGCGAUGUCUUCAUUCGCGUCUGCGAGGGUGUCCGCGAGAUCAAGGUUACCAAGCCUGAGCCUAAGCCCAAGGAGGAGAAGCCCAAGACUGAGGACGAUGAGGAUGACUCCGACUUCGACUCCGAUGAGGAUGAGGAGGAAGAGAUCCGUGAGAUCGUCUGGAAGACCGAGAAGCCCAUUGCCGAGCUUGCCGUCAAGGGCGUUAAGGCCGGCAGCAAGGUCGAGCUGAUGGUCCACGUCAACGCCGACCUGGGUCUGCAGAUCACCGCUCGCGAAGUCGGCGGCCAGAACGCCGUCCGCGGUGCUGUGCAGGCUGCUUAA